CAUUCCAGCUGGUCGACGACCUGCUGGACUUCGUCUCCUCGUCCUCGGCGAUGGGAAAACCGACGGCGGCAGACCUUAAGCUCGGCUUGGCCACAGCUCCGGUCCUCUUCGCUUGCGAAAAGUACCCCGAAUUGAACCCGAUGAUCAUGAGAAGGUUCCAAGAGCCGGGAGAUGUCGAGAAGGCUUUUGAGCUCGUCCACAAGUCUCAGGGCCUCGAGCAGACCCAGUUCUUG